AGCCUUUGUGCACACUUUCUUAUCUCCUAACUUACAGAAAUAAUGUCACUAACUAGUAGCAAAUAUGCGAAACACAAAAGUGUGAACUCUACAUGAGCAAUUCAACUAUUAUAACGCUAUUUAUAAAUACAGUAACAUUUCCUAACGAAUGUUCCUGUUACAUCAUGGAGAGGAUGAGCUAGCUACCAUGAGGGUAACUCAGUGGCAACGUCAAUAUUCUUAGCUGCUCAUUUACAUUAGCAAGCAUCAAGCGACAUGCUAGUAAAUGUGACAAUCCCUGUGUGAUUGUUCAUUAAGCAUACUGUAAUGGCUGCCCUGUACCGGUGCGUCCUAUUCAACCGAGUUUUCGAAUUAAAAAGACAAACUGAUUUGAUAAGAUUGAGUUUUAAUGCGCCUCCUCUGCAGUGGAAGACACCGGGCAGCUUCUUACGAGGAAGAAACACAACCAUAACACAGACAACAACUAACCUAAGUACUAUGGCGAGUAAGAGAGACAAGAUCAGCGAUUCUUGUUCAAGGUGUCUGUCGAGUAAAACUUCAACUCAAGAUGGAAAAGCUCGAGUGAAGAGAGUUUCUAUCGAGGGCAACAUCGCUGUUGGAAAGUCAACUUUUACAAGACUCCUGCAGUCAGCCUGUCCAGACUGGGAAGUGAUGGCAGAGCCUGUCAGCCACUGGCAGAACAUUGAGGGUGGGACCUCAAAGGGGACAGGCGCAUCCCCCCAGACAACAGUCAGCAACCUGCUGCAGAUGAUGUACCAGGACCCCCUGCGAUGGUCUUACACAUUUCAGACAUAUUCGUGUAUGAGCCGGCUGAGAACACAACUGCAGCCUCCUCCAGCUCGCCUGCUCAGCUCAGAGGGAACACCUGUCCAGGUGUAUGAGCGCUCAGUGUACAGUGACAGAUACAUCUUUGCCCUGAACAUGUUUGAGUUGGGUUGUAUCAACUCUACAGAGUGGGCAGUUUACCAGAACUGGCACUCCUUCUUGGUGGAACAGUUUGGACACCAGGUGGAGCUGGAAGGCAUCAUCUACCUCAAAGCCCCACCAAAGAAAUGUAUGGAGCGUCUGGAGCAUCGGGGAAGAGCAGAGGAGAAGGGAGUGGAACUGGACUAUCUGGAUAAGCUGCAUGUUCAACAUGAGAGAUGGCUUGUUGAGAAGAGCACUGAAAUACAUUUUGAGAAGAUAAAACAGAUACCUGUGCUACAACUUGAUGCCAGUGUGGAGUUCCAGAGUGACCCAGAGGUGCGGGAGCAAUUUAUUACAAAGGUGAAGACCUUCUUCAAUACUUUGUGAGAGGACAGUCGUCAGCCAUAAACAGUGGGAAACAGAUGAGAGCAUACCUCAUUCAGUCAAGUGUGUUAACUGACAUACAAAUACAUAUGCGUGUGAAAGAAGUGUAAAGUAAUGUAAAACAGACUUCUCUAUUCGAUAAGCUGCUGCCUCUACAUGACAUGAAACACAUUGAGUUUUGUCUGUAAACGAAUUUUAUUUAAAAAAAAAAGACUUUUAGAUUGUUACAUUGUUUUUCAGCGUUUUGUUGUCUACUUAUUUAUUUGUUAGUUUUGAAAGUCACUGGGUAGUUAUAAAAUGUACUUGUUUUACUUGUAAUUCCACUUGAAAUCUUAAGAACUGUCCGUAACACAAUAACUCGCAUAUCCAAGUGAUUGAAACACCAAUUAUUUAAGUGGUUUUAGAGCUUGUGUAAGUUAUACACUAAAUCUGUGCUAUUGUUACUGUGACCAUAUGGAAACACGGUUUAUUGACCAUCACACAGUUUUUGUGCAUGAUACUGUUUCAUACAUUCCUGACUGACUGGAACAGGCAAACAAGUAGGUACUGUAUUAGUUCUUUAUCAAUAAAUAAAAGUAUAUUCCUUUUUUAAA